CAGGGGCGGGGGACAGGAUGCGGAUGCCGGGGGGACUUCCUGUGCCGGCCCCCGCGCCCCCGCCCCGGCCCGGCCAGCUGCCCGCACGGACGCACGCACUGGCGGGCGGGCGAGCGAACGGGGACCCGGCCCGGCCGUGGCGCCCGCCCCCCGCCCCGGCCAGCGCGGCCCGGUUCAGGCCGCCCUCGGGCUCUGGGCACCUGUGGCCAGCGGCCGUCCAGGACCUGUGUUGCCCGUCCCCAGCCAACCCAAGACCCCGCCAUCCUGCAGCGCCAACCUAGGGCUUUGGCCCCGGCCCUGCUGCGCGCGAUGGUCCCGCAGGGCCAGCCUUGAGUCCCGCGCGGAAUUCGGGGCUCUGCCUCCCGUCCUCGCCCCCGCCCGAGAGUCUCCACUAACUUCUGCCCGGGAACUCCACUCUGCCCCUUGUCUUGGCCCAGGGCGACCUGGGCAUCUCUGACAGCGCAAACCCUGCCGAGUGCCCAGAAAGGCCCCGGGGUGGCAGGCGCCUCCCAGGCUCUUUCUGGAUGGAGGCGCCUCCGGAAGGAGCCGGCUGAAUGCUGUGGCCUUCACCUUGCAGCCUCUGCUGACCACACCUCCCCUAGUGCAGAGGCUGCAGCCAGCAGGAAAUGCUGUACCAGCACAGCCGGCUCCCGGGGACCCCGGUGUGACCACCAGGAUGGAGGUGGGGCCAGCCACAGAGACCUUAGUGUUGGAGCUGCGCUGUCUUGAGGAUGGGGGUCCAGGGCCUGCUGCCCUCUCAGGUGGCAGCGGUGGGAGUGAGAGUCAGGAGGAGGAAGAGGCUCAGGAGGGGCACAGUGGCCCACAACAGCCAUCAGUGUUAGCCCCAAUAGGGGCCAGUAACAUUGCUGAAGAAGCCCAGCCGGGACAACAAGAGCUGCUACUGCAACAGCUAGAGCAGCAGCCAGAGCUGCAAGAACAGCCCCAGCAGGAGCAGCCUCAACAGCAGCAACCACAGAAGCAACUAUUAGAACAUCAGCCAGAAAUGCAACAGCAGCAGCAACAGAAGGAUGGGCAACGGCAUCUGCCUCAACUACAGCUGGAGCUACAGGAAAACCACCAAUCUGUGCAACACCAAGAACUGAAACCACAAGUGCAGGUAAUACAACAACAGGGACAGGUACCAGAGCAAGUGCAAGAGCAACAGUUACAGCAGGAAGUGCAAAAGCAACAACUUUUGCAACAGCAGCAAGAACAGUUACAGCAACAAGUACAAGAACAGCAGCUGUUACAACAGCAACAGGCACUGUUACAGGAACAGCACGUGCAAGAGCAACUAUUGUUACAGCAGCAACAGGCACAGUUACAGCAGCAAGUACAAGAGCAACAGCUCUUACAGCAGCAACAGGAACAGUUACAGCAUCAAGUACAAGAGCAACAGCUCUUACAGCAGCAACAGGCACAGUUACAGCAACAGGCACAGUUACAGCAGCAAGUACAAGAGCAACAGCUCUUACAGCAACAACAGGCACAGUUACAGCAGCAAGUACAAGAGCAACAGCUCUUACAGCAGCAACAGGCACAGUUACAGCAGCAAGUACAAGAGCAACAGCUGUUACCGCAGCAACAGGAACAGUUACAGCAGCAAGUGCAAGAGCAACAACAGUUACAGCAGCAACAGGCACAGUUACAGCAGCAAGUGCAAGAGCAACAGCUCUUACAGCAACAAAAGGAACAGUUACAGCAGCAAGUGCAAGAGCAACAGCUCUUACAGCAGCAACAGGAACAGUUGCAGCAGCAAGUGCAAGAGCAACAGCUCUUACAGCAGCAACAGGCACAGUUACAGCAGCAGCAAGUACAAGAGCAACAACAGUUACAGCAGCAGCAACUGCUACAACAGCAGCAACUGUUACAACAGCAGGAACAAUUACAGCAGCAACAGUUCCAACAGCAUCAGGAACAGCUACAGCAGCAGCAACUACUGUUGCUACAGCAGCAGGAACAGUUACAACAACAGUUGUUGCAGCACCAACAACAGGCACAGUUACAGCAGCAGCUCCUGCAGCAGCAGCAGGCACAGAUACAGCAGCAGCUAUUGCUGCAGCAGCAGGAGCAGUUACAGCAGCAGCAACAGCAACAGCUAUUGCAACAGCAUCAGGAACAGCUACAGCAGCAGCAGCCUCCUCCACUGGAGCCAGAGGAGGAGGAAGAGGUGGAACUGGAGCUCAUGCCAGUGGACCUGGGGUCAGAGCAGGAGCUGGAGCAGCAGCGGCAGGAGCUAGAGCGGCAGCAGGAACUGGAGCGGCAGGAGGAGCAGCGGCAGCUGCAACUCAAACUGCAGGAGCAGUUGCAGCAGCUGGAGCAACAGUUGGAGCAGCAGCAGCUAGAGCAGGAGCAGCUGGAGCAGCAGGAGGUACAGCUGGAGCUCACCCCCGUGGAGCUGGGCACCCAGCAGCAGGAGGUGCAACUGGAGCUGACCCCUGUGCAGCCUGAACUGCAGCUGGAGCUGGUUCCCGCUGCAGGGAGCAGCGCGGCGACUGUCCCAGGGGCUCCAGCGGCUGUUGUGGUGGCCCCCCCAGGCUACGUGGUGCUGCAAGAGCUCAUGGUGUUGCCCGCCGUGGCCACGUCAACAGUGGUGGCCAUCCCGGGCCCAGCGGGCAGCGCCGCGCUCACUCCAGCACGGCAGCGGCGGCGACGGCGCGCGCGGGACCGGCCGACCAUCUGUGGAGAGUGCGGCAAGGGCUUCAGCCGCAGCACGGACCUAGUGAGGCACCAGGCCACGCACACCGGCGAGCGGCCGCACCGCUGUGGUGAGUGCGGCAAGGGCUUCUCGCAGCACUCCAACCUGGUGACACACCAGCGCAUCCACACGGGCGAGAAGCCCUACGCCUGCUCGUAUUGCUCCAAGCGCUUCAGCGAGAGCUCAGCUCUUGUGCAGCACCAGCGCACGCACACUGGCGAGAGGCCCUACGCCUGUGGCGACUGCGGCAAGCGCUUCAGUGUCUCCUCCAAUCUGCUGCGUCACCGGCGCACACACUCGGGCGAGCGGCCCUAUGUGUGCGAGGACUGUGGCGAGCGCUUCCGCCACAAGGUGCAGAUUCGCCGCCACGAGCGCCAGCUGCAUGGAGCUGGCCGCUCGCGUGGCCUUGGCUUGCUGCGGGCCUCGAGGCCGGCGCCGUCUACUGGCCCAUCGCGCGCCCAGCAGGCCUCCGGGGCCACAGCAUCCACCAACAAGGCUUCAUGAUGCGGGUGCGCAUCUCUGCAACAGAAGGCAGAGGGCCAGGAGCAGGAAGGGGUCAGCCUUGAAGCACGGGGCAUCCAGGGCGGGGAGGGUGCUCUUUCAAGCACCCUCCAUAUGAGUGGAGGGUGAGAAGCCCCACAUGGAGUGGGAUGGACACCUCGACCCCAGUUCGUGGUCAUGACCCCAGUACAACGUCUCCCGGAUCAUCCUGGAAUAUCCUUGGGAACGAAAAGACUACCAUCAUCCCCCAUAUUCCCUGAGAAGUGCCAGGUUCAGAGAUCCACCCCCAGAAAUCAUCCACAAGAGAACAGCCACUGUGGCUAAAACAGCACUUGGGGAAACCCAUGAGCGAGAGGGCUGCCAAAAAUUUUCCCCUGGGAAAAUUGGACUUAGUAGAAACAAGAACAGCCUGAGAACACUCCCCAGGACAACUGAGGAUGUUUGACAUGGACCAAACACUCACCAGGGAAUAAAAUAAAUCUAGUGAGGCACACACGGAAAAUAAUGGAUCCUGGUGAAAAUUAUUUAAAGGAGAAAAAAAAACAGGGAAAAAAUAAACUUACCUGCACUAUGUAGGAAACUGAUCAAGGCAUUGAAUUGUCCUCAGUGGCAUUUGCCUUGAAAAUACUUGCCAGUAUGAAAAUCUAUUGGGCUGGAUACAAUUCUGAUGAAAAUACCUGUUUUCAUAAACACAGGGUCACGGUGUCUAUGGGGUCAAUGUGCAAAUAAGUGCCAGGAAGUCCUGCUCUGGGUGGAAGGUAAAACCUUUCCCCCCUGGGGAACCCAGAAUUGGAGCAGGUGUUAGAGGCAGGUUCUAGGCCUCUGCUGCAAUGUCUCAAUCCACUGGAGGCCCUUUAAUAUUCCCUGGAAUAGAGAAGCCUGUAGCUGAAACAGAGCGCAUUCUGGGAGGGCUCUCCAAGGUCUGGAAGAAGCCUCCCCAGGAAAGAUCUCCAAGAUAGCCCCACCCAGCCAAGCUGCUCAGAUGCUGCCCAGAGGUUGACUCCUUGAGACCUGGGAGCAGAGAUUUCUUGGAUCAGGAUAAGGGAGGGGCACCUGAACAGACCUUGCCUUCUGGCCCCAGGAUGUGUGAAGAAUGUUGGGGACAAAGAUUAGGAGGAACAGAAAGGUUAUUAACCAUGUUUACCAAAUCGUCCAGGACAGGGGCUGUAUGAGCAGUAGCAAUUGCUGAUUCCUCAUAGGAAGGUGAGCUGGUGGAGGAUGUCACUGGCCACCUCUGGGCUUGAGGCUCUUCCUGGCCAACCUGACUUCCCACGUGGCUGCUUAGUUCCUGCCCCUCUCUCCCCUCCCUGCUUCUCCUUUACUAACACAGCCUGCCACAUUUUACACAUGUGUUGGUAAGUGAGAAACAAAACAUAAAAAAUAAAGUGAAGAAACACAG